CAUACUUCAGUAAUUGAACGGAGGGGAAGCAACAGGAGCACAGCAGUGAGUCACUGGCUCGCUACAUCCUCAUAUGGAAAUAGUGUCACUGCCUUUCCAUAAACGGCAGCAUAAGAAACCGGAAAUUAGUGCGUUCUAAAAAGAAAUCCCCUGGACCAGCAGCAGCCUUCAAUCUUCAGCGAGUGAAGUAUAAUCGGAGAGAAAUCCUGUCUGUCUCCGUGUUAUUGGGGGUGAAGCUGCAGCGGGAGCGUCUGCUCCGGGACAUUUAGCGAGUGUUUAAAGACCAGGGCCGGUCUAAGCAGCGAGGCGGCAGCAUGCAGGAUCCAAAUGCAGAUACUGAAUGGAAUGACAUUUUACGGAAAAAAGGCAUCCUCCCUCCCAAAGAGGAUGCAAAUCAGGCAGCAGAGGAAGAGCUCAUUCAGCACCAGAAACCGAUCGUUAAAACAUAUGAAGACAUGACCCUGGAGGAGUUAGAGGAGAAUGAGGAUGAAUUCAGUGAGGAAGAUGAAAGAGCCAUUGAAAUGUAUAGACAGCAGCGGCUAGCCGAAUGGAAGGCAACCCAGAUGAAGAAGGUCUUUGGGGAAGUUUUGGAGAUCUCUGGGCCAGACUAUGUGCAGGAGGUGACUAAAGCUGGCAAGGGUGUGUGGGUAAUACUGCAUCUUUACAAACAGGGGAUACCUCUUUGUGCCUUGCUCAAUCAACAUCUAAGUGAACUAGCAACGAUGUUCCCAGAAACUAAAUUUAUUAAAGCAAUAUCCACAACCUGUAUACCCAACUACCCUGACAGGAACCUGCCAACAAUAUUUGUUUAUCGUGAUGGAGACAUCAAGGCACAGUAUGUUGGACCUUUGGUGUUUGGAGGCAUGAAUUUAACAAAAGAUGAACUGGAAUGGAAACUGUCAGAUUCUGGUGCAAUCAAAACUGAGCUAGAGGAAAAUCCACGAAGAAAGAUUGAAGAUAAGUUGAUGUCAUCUAUCAGGACAAGUGCUCCGUUAAAGAGCAACAGUGAUUCUGAAGAAGAUUAGUUAUUUAAAUAUAACGGGAUGCCAUCCAAAAGAAUGACCAAUUAAUGGUUUAAUUUGGUUGUGUGUGGAGUUAAUGCCAUUGUUUUCCAGUAAUGACGUAAGAGCACUGACAUGUGGUGUAAUAGUACCAGGAAGUAAUCUCCAAUGAAAAUGUUAUAUUCCACACAUCCAAGUAAAAUUAAUGUAUAAAAACCUAGGAGUGCUCUGUGUUGUAAUUUAACUCAGAGGAUAGAUGUCAAUUGCAUAAAGGCUGCUUAUUGUAAGAGAGAGAACUCAAUUUUGUCUUACCACAGCCAUUGCAUUUUUAUGCAUUGUGGAAAAGUUCCUCUAAAUUAUGUAUAUUCGUUCGCUGUUUUCUAUACAUGUUCCUACAAAAUCAUGUCAGCAGGAUAUGAUAUAUUUUGUUCAUGUGUUGUAAAGGUAUUCUCAGAAUUAAAUUGUUUUAGGUGUAAACCUCA